UACUGGUUUCUGUUUAACUUUUUAGUAGGGCUACUAGAAAACAUAAAACUGCAUGCAACUGUCAUUAUAUUUCUCUUGGACAGCCCUGGUCCAGAUUGCUAAACGCGCAGUUUGUGUAGUUAUCUAUUCCCAGUCUUGUGCCAGCCCUGCUGGAAAGGAGGCGCUAGUCAGAGGCAGCUUCUUGACCACAUCCUGGGAUGCUUGUGUCCUACCGCAGACCUGGAUGCCUGGAGAGAGAGCAAUUGCCACUGCACUGCUGUCAUGAGAAAAGUCUCUGCUCUGUUUUGGUGGGGACAGAGUUUUUUGAUUUCCUAGACUCUUGCCUCUCAGUUACUGGAGUACCGGCUGGAUUCGGAGAUAGGUGGGAUGAAGGGAAGCUGCCAGUUGGGGUUAGAUCUUAGCCUUUCUUGUUAGAUGACAUAGAGUGAGUCACUUACCUGCCCUCUGAAGGCUGGGGCGGAGAGCGUCACUGCAGUGUUGUCAGGAUUAAGCAACAGGGUUGAAUGUGCAGAAGGUUUGUAAACUCAAAACCAAAGGUAAAAAGACACGCUUAGUCGGUAAGCACAUGACCUAAGGGAUUGUUGUAUGGUUGAGAAACAGAAAGGGGGAGGUAGUGGCAUUUUAUGUGGAAAACUGUCAGCUGAAAACCUGAUAUGUUGUUAACAGCUUUCUAUCAAAUUCAGGUGGAGUUGUUAUUUUUUCAUCUUCUGAGGAGCUAUUUUAAGGCCAGUAGCUCAGAUGUAAGUUCUGAAAUGUGGGCUCUUAUUCCCUGAAGUUGGUGUAGGGAUGAGGUCCUUGGUGCAGAGGCAGACCUCCGCCCCAGGAGCACUGCCGCCUUCGGCUCUGUCUGCAGUCAGGUGGGGCAGGAGACGGGAAAGACUGGGGGCAGGUGCUGCUCAUUGCCUAGAGGGUUGGACGUGGGCUAGAGUUACGCCUGGUGCUGGCGAGUGUGUGGCCCUUGCUUCCAGCCGCGGAGUGAAUGGGCUGUAGGCAUGUGGCAGCCCUGGCUUCAUCUCUCUUGGUCAGAGUUGUAUGUUGCAGGUGUUGAAACCCAAGCCAAACUGGCCGGGCAAGGCUUGCAGCAGGGGUGGCUGGAGGCCAGCUUGCGGGCUCACGGGAGGUGAUAUAGUGGGUCUGUAUGAUGCAGGCGCUCAGCUGGCCACUGGGAUCCUGACCCGGAUCACCCAGAAGUCAGUCACGGUGGCCUUUGACGAGUCCCAUGACUUCCAGCUGAGCUUGGACCGAGACACUUCCUACAGACUCUUAAAACUUGCCAAUGACAUCACUUAUAAGCGGCUGAAAAAAGCUCUGACCGCCCUGCGGAGGCAUCACUGCGGCCCUGCGGCCACGCUCAUCGAGGUCCUUUUUGGUGGAGCGGCCCCCAGUCCUGCCUGUGAAAUACACUCGCCCGUGUUCUAUAACACCUCCCUGGACGACUCCCAGAAGGCAGCGGUCUCGUUUGCACUGGCCCAGAAAGAACUUGCCAUCAUCCAUGGGCCUCCUGGCACUGGGAAAACCACCACAGUGGUUGAAAUCAUUCUUCAAGCUGUGAAGCAGGGCCUGAAGGUUCUGUGCUGUGCGCCCUCUAACAUCGCCGUGGAUAACCUGGUCGAGCGUCUGGCUCAGGGCACGCUGAGGAUCCUACGCCUUGGCCACCCUGCCCGACUGCUGGAGUCCAUUCAGCAGCAUUCCCUCGAUGCGGUCUUGGCGCGGAGUGACAGCGCCCAGAUUGUCACAGACAUCAGAAGGGACAUCGAUCAGGUGUUUAUGAAAACCAGAAAGAUCCAGGAUAAGAGGGAGAAAAGUAAUUUUCGAAAUGAAAUCAAGCUGUUAAGAAAAGAGCUGAAGGAGAGGGAAGAAGCCGCCCUUCUGGAGAGCCUUCGGGCCGCGGACGUGGUCCUGGCGACGAACGCAGGUGCUUCUUCUGACGGCCCUCUGAAGUUGCUCCCUGACAGCCACUUCGAUGUGGUGGUCAUCGACGAGUGUGCCCAGGCCCUCGAAGCUAGCUGCUGGAUCCCCCUGCUGAGGGCCCGAAAGUGCAUCCUGGCUGGAGAUCACAAACAGCUGCCCCCCACCACAGUCUCUCACAAGGCUGCGCUGGCCGGGCUGUCGCUCAGCCUGAUGGAGCGCCUGGCCAAGGAGUGCGGUGAGGGGGUGGUGCAGACGCUGACCGUGCAGUACCGCAUGCACAGGGCCAUCAUGCAGUGGGCUUCAGAGGCCCUGUACCACGGGCGGCUCACCGCACACCCUUCCGUGGCUGGGCACCUCCUGCGGGAUCUCCCAGGAGUGGCUGCCACGGGGGAGACGGGCCUGCCCCUGCUGCUCGUGGACACGGCCGGUUGUGGGCUGUUUGAACUUGAAGAGGAGGACGACCAGUCUAAAGGGAACCCUGGUGAGGUGCGCCUCGUCAGCCUGCACGUCCGGGCUCUGGUGGACGCUGGAGUCCGAGCCGGCGACAUCGCCGUCAUCACGCCGUACAACCUGCAGGUGGACCUGCUCAGGCAGAGCCUCGCCCACACAUACCCUGAGCUGGAGAUUAAGUCGGUCGAUGGUUUCCAAGGCCGAGAGAAGGAGGCUGUGAUACUGUCCUUCGUCAGAUCCAAUAGGAAAGGUGAGGUUGGUUUCCUUGCUGAGGACCGGCGGAUCAACGUCGCCAUCACCCGUGCCCGGCGCCACGUGGCAGUCAUCUGCGAUACUCGCACUGCCAACAGCCAUGCCUUCUUGAGGACCCUGGUGGGUUACUUCUCGGAGCACGGGGAAGUGCGCACGGCCUUUGAGUAUCUUGAUGACAUUGUCCCCGAUAACUAUUCCCAUGAGAGCUCCCAGGGCCACAGCCAAGCAGGCACGAAGCACCCAGGCUCUGCUGCGUCGGCCAGGAGGCCUCCCGGAAGCAGGCCCCCUGAAGGAGCCCAGAAGGCCAGAGCCGCUGCCCAGCUGGAGCGGAAGACGCCAGGCAGGAAGCCUUUGGGCUCUGAGGCGGGUUCACAGCCGACCCUCAGUGGCAGCAGCCCAGGGGGAGCGGAGAGCAGGGAGUAUGCAGACCGUUUCAGGGCUGAGAUAGUGGAGUUCGUGGCAAGCGAGAAAAUGCAGUUGGAGUUUCCUCCUUCCCUGAACUCCUGCGACAGGCUGUGGGUCCACCGGAUAGCGGAAGAGCUCGGGCUGAGGCAUGACAGCGCCGGAGAGGGGAGGGAGAGGUUCAUAACCCUGAGCAAGAGGGCCCCCGGCCCCACCCAGGCGGAGCGCCCCCCUGGGGAGCAGGGAGGCCGGGCCCCACCGCAUCUGAAGGCUCUGCAUCCCGAGAGGCCGCAGGGGGAGACGGGCAGACAGGGGCGGCAGGCCAAGGAGCGGCCACAGGCCUCGGGCCCCGGGCCGCGGAAGUUACCAGGAAAGAAAAAGAAGAAAGAAGCAAAAGGACACGUCGCCACAGGUCUGCCCCUCGAGGGGGACUUCGAUGCCCUGGUCUCGGCUGCCAUUGAGGCUGAUCAUACCUGUGGCUUUACUAAGUGCACAGCCAGCGUCACGACCCUGGGCCAGUUCUGCCCACACUGCAGCCGGCGGUACUGCCUCAGCCACCACCUGCCGGAGGUCCACGGCUGCGGGGAGAGGGCUCGCGCCCAUGCCCGGCAGAGGAUCAGCCGGGAAGGAGUCCUCUACGCUGGCAGUGGUACCAAGGACCGGUCCCUGGACCCAGCCAGGCGGGCCCAGCUCCAGAGGAGGCUGGACAGGAAGCUGGAUGAGCUGACCAGCCAGAGGAGGGGCAGGAGGGGAGAGGAGAGUUAAGGACCGCCUCCCACGGGGGGACGGAGGGCUGGCAGGGCUGCCCCCUCCGGGCGGUGGCUACGUGCCUGUGGGAGGACGGGUGGGCUCUCGGACCUCGGCAGGAGUGAUGCGGGGUGCGACUGGGCAGGGCAGUGCCGGGCACUCUGUCGCUGGUCUGGUGCAAGUGUAAGCCUGGCACGCAUGCUCCUCUCUCCCCACCGCCCCCCACCAGGGACCUUUUCCAGCCUCUCCCCUCCCUCCCAGGCAAAACCGGAGUCCCGGCUGAAUCUUGGGGUGCUGCCCUGAGAGGCAGGAAGGUUCUGUUCCCUUGGAGGUGUGACCAGCAGCCUCUCUGCCACCCUCCCGUGGGACACCUGUCCCCUUGCCAGGCCCGGCUUCCCUCAAACGCUAUAAAAGUAUCACCCCCACUAUUGGGCAGCCGGCUUUCAGCCCUCGGGGGGAGAGGAUGCGCAGGAACAGUCACCGUGCUUGGAGCUGGUGUCCGGGGUGCUGUGCGUGUCUCCCGCGUGCUCCCUGCUGCUGGCCGGCGCUUUGUUGGGGCCGUGAGUUCCCUGAAGCCGCUCUCCCAUCGUCCUCUGCGCCCUGGUGGUGGCAGCGACCCAGCCCUGGCUCCGGGGCCUGGGCGGUCAGGAGGGUCUCCCUGAGGCGUGGUUCACGGGCCCCCGGCCUGUGGGGACCUCUCCUCCUCACUGUUCUGGGGACGGUGCUGGGGGGGCGUCCCCAGCCUUCUCGGGGGGCUCUCCAGCCUCCUUUGCCGGCUGUUUUAUAUAAGAGGAUCUCAGAUGGCUGUAUUAUUAGGCUCAGAGUUUUUUGUUUGUUUCAAAGAGGUAUAAAUUACUUAAGAAUUAAAUAAAAGGAGCUGCCCACUGCC